UCCAGUCUUCUUGCGACGACUGCGACGAAGGUUAAGUCUUGCGAUGGACAGAGAAAUGGCAAAAAGAACACGCCUCCUAGAUAUGGAUACCAUAACAACGAGGAGCAAAAAGGUCAUCAGAGAAGUGGCAAAAAGAACACAUCUAGUUGUGGUCAACCGCAAUCGUCAAAAAGAAUAUUGCGGAGGAUAUUCCAGUAUAGAAAACAGUACUUGUCUGAUGAUCUUUUAGCUUUCCAAAUUUUUGAGAGGUCUGAGCUUCGGUUAAUAAUCGUAUUGAGACUUUUGACAAGUAUAUCCGAUGCGAUGCCUUUCU